AAGUGAUUCUGAUGAACCGAAUUAUUCCCGCGUCUUUGUCGUUUCAUUAAACAGACAUAUGUGGAAAUAAGAUAACAGCUGCUAGCGAAUAAAAAACUGUAGCAGUUUCCCCUCCUUUCAUCUGAGUGACGUGUCCCGCCGUGCGCGUAGCCGGCCUGCCUCUAGUGCUCGAGCCGCGCGGGUGUGUGAGUGUGUGUGUGAGAGUGAUCGUGAGUGCGCGCGCGUCGUGGCCGGGGCUCUUGAGCAGCACGCGAGUGUGUCCCGUUUAACGGCUGUCAUGUCCAAACUGGAGCAGAUUCUGAUCCUCGACCCGCCGAGCGACCUCCGUUUCAGAGGACCCUUCACAGAUGUGGUGACCACUAACCUGAAGCUGAGGAACCCGUCCGACAGAAGAGUAUGUUUCAAAGUGAAGACCACAGCUCCUCGCCGCUACUGCGUGCGGCCCAACAGCGGCAUCAUCGACCCCAGCGCUACGGUCACUAUCUCAGUUAUGCUGCAGCCGUUUGAUUACGACCCAAAUGAGAAGAGCAAGCACAAGUUUAUGGUGCAGACGAUUUUCGCGCCACACGGGGCGACGGACCUGGAAGCGAUGUGGAAAGAUGCCAAACCAGACGACCUGAUGGACUCUAAACUGCGUUGUGUGUUUGAAAUGCCUUCAGACAAUGAAAAGAUGAAUGAGCUGGAAUCAACCAAAGCUGUGUCCGUUCUGAACGUGUCGAAGGCCGACGGGACGUCAGGAGCCAAAGCCAGCAGCAUGGACGACGCGGAGAUGCGGAAAGUCAUGGAAGAGUGCAAGAGACUUCAGUCAGAAAUGGGAAAACUGCUAGAUGAAAACCGCCAACUCAAGGAUGAAGGUCUGAGGAUGAGGAAGGCCAAUCAGUACGACAGCUCGGUCUCGAAGUCUUCAGCGAUGCUGAGCAAAGAGCCGGCCUCCAAAUCGCUGCCCUCCCUGCUGGUCGUCAUCGCCGCCAUCUUCAUCGGGUUCUUCCUAGGGAAGUUUGUCUUGUAGAGGUUCUGGGCCUGGCGAGCAAAGCGUGCGUUCUUGUCGAUAACCGUUGCGUCUGCGCAGACGAGCCCUACGGCAGCGGAAAUAAACGUGUCUGUGUACAGGAUCAUUCAAACGGGCCUUGCCUUUCUCACACGGUUAGUGCACACACACACAAGCAAACACACACACAAACACACACACAUACACACACACACACACACACACACACACACACACACACACACACACUCUCAGAAACGAUGGCUCGUUUCUCCCUCUUUUCCGCCGUCUGUGGUUCCGGGUGGGUUUUUCUGGGGGUCGGGGAAGAAGAAAUCGUCCAUUUGUCAAAGCAUCACUAGCAGCCCAAUGGAGGCACUGUGUGUGUGUAGAGACCUUGAAAAAACGUCAACCUAUGAAUAAAUAAAAGGACGUGUUUCUCUUUUUCUCUGUGGUUUUAUUAAGAGUUUAAUGGAAUGUUUUAAGUGUCAUGUACAUGUUCUUUUAGAUUCUUUUGAGAAAAAUGGGAAAUGCAGAUUCGUCGUAAUAAAAGAAAAACAAACCAAUCGUCUUUGCUACUUGUCUCUGGAUGGUGACGUGACACGCGUUCCCAUUCCACCUUUAUUUUCUUGAAUGUGACGACGUCAGCUGGGAACACGCCUCCUCCUCAUGAACGAGCCCACUGACACAAACGCCGAUUCCAAUCAUUUCAUGGAGUUUUCUUUAUGCAGAUUAUAUAUUCAAUUGUGAGGCAACUUGACUGAAUAAAAAUCUCCAUUUGCAGUCCUGUCCCGUGGUAUUGAACAUUUGCUGAAAUAAAGAAUCUUUAACACUCUUCA